AAAACAAAAACAAGAACUUUUAGUUAAAAAAUAUUAAAUAAAAAUAACAAUUAAAGUCCUGAAACAAAUUACUAAGCAGCUCCAUCAACUCAAAAUCCAAGCACCGCCGCCUUGUUGGGCCGUAGUUUCCAACACAACCGCCACUGAUCGUCAUCGGAGAACAGAAACAGUGGCGAACUCCACUUCAGUGAUUCUUGCUGAAGCGAUAUCUUGAUAGUAAAGGUUCGUAGCUGGUGCUGGAGCAACAAUGGGUAUAAUUAGGGGUUGCUUUUCUUUUAUAGCUGGAACAGUUUGUGGAGUUUAUGUGGCUCAGAAUUAUAAAGUACCUAAUAUUGCUAAGCUGGCUGAUACUGUUUUGUUCAUGGCUAAAAUCACCGAGGAAACAUACCGCAAACCCAAGAAGAAGGAUGACAAUGAUGAAUGAUUAGUUCCUGAAUGAUACUAUACUUGAAUCAGGAUUUCUUUGGAAGCAAACAAUAGGAGAAUCUGGAGGUAGAGAAAAAAGUGCUUAAAAAACCCAAAAUACCAAAUUGGGAAGACUUGUCAUUCUAACUAUAGUUUUUCUCUUUCCAUCUUUAAAAAUUAAAAAAAAUAUAUUUUUAUACACAUUUUAUACUCCAAUGUUUGUUUGCAUCUCUUAACUCAAAUUAAUGUGGUAGAAUAUUAAUGGAAUCCAUGGUGUAAAAGUAGUAAGUAUAUGAUUGCAUACCCAAUAGAAGAGGAAAAAAUGUUCAAGAGACAAAUUAAAGCUUGUCAUUAUUGUCCCACACCCAUUUUCUUCUGCUUGUUAUUGAUAUUGCUACCUCUGAUUCUGCAGUGCAUUGUACACUAUACAUAUUACAUAAUGCAAUGUAAUCCACUGCUCAACAACGA